GCCCAGCUGCAGCUUGGUUGUCCUCUUUUCCCCUUUCAGUUCAUUCACCACUUCCUCUCUUUCUCUCACAUCACACCUCCAAAGUAUUGUAACCACACGAACCUUUGAACCAAUCUAUUUCUGCAUACAAUUUGGAUCUUUUCCCGCUCGAGCUAUUCACCAUUUGAUAGUGCUUUUUAUACUUUAAGACGGACAAAACAGUCAAAAAGUGCGGGGUACUUGACAAGCUUGCUAUUGUUGGAUUCCAUUUUAGCCAAUUAUAUGGUUUCUUGUGCUACGAACGUAUCAAACCUAAGCCAAACCUAUUUUGCAGCUUCCAUCUUCCUUUGUUUCUGUUGAUUGCAUCUCCGAAAAAGACAGGAGGAAGCAACAACAAUUCUUCUUGAGAAUAUUGAAUUCUAUUUCUGCUUUGCAUUCGAAAACGAGCGAGACGAGACGAAACGAGACGGGGUAAAUCAACCACGGCAACGACAUCAUACCGGCGCUUCGGAAAGUACGAAGAUACAAUACAACCCAUUAUACGAUACUUCAAUUAACCAAACGACAUUCCUUCCUUCACCUCUCUGAGAUUGUAGAACUUUCAAUUACGAAAUCGGAUUCAUCCUUCAACCAAUUUCUAACAAUCCCAAUAAUCGUUACAACUAUUGACCACACCAAUAAUCAAUCAACAACUUCAAAAUGUUUACACGACGAAUCUCACGCAGCUCUAUCACGAGUCAACCUCUUAGAGCCUUCGCGACUACAUCCACCUCCCUCUCUCGUACACCAGCCCUAUCAAAUAUCACCCCCCAAGGUGUGGCUUCAUUCGAUGCAAAGCAGAAAGAAUUCCGAGAAAGAAUCGCAGAACAACAUCGCAAGAAAGAAGCUGCAAGUGAGUCCAAACUAUCCUCCCAAGCUCAGAAAUCUGCUUCGGCAGACCAUACACUAAAUGGAGUAGAGAACACAAACGAAAACGGGGAGAAGAAAGGAAAACUAAGUAGUUUAAUUUAUGGUACUCCUGAAGGUCGUGAGAUGGAAAAGGAGAUUGAACAGAGUUUCAGUCAGGUUUUAGCUAGAGGCAAAUAUGUACACUCGAUCGUGUUUCAUGAGGUCAAGCCAGAUAAGGUUGAUGAGUAUGUCCAAUUGGUUGGAGAAUGGUAUCCAAAGAUGGCUGGAAUGGAAGAGAAUAAAGUACACUUGGUUGGAAGUUGGAGAACAGAGGUUGGAGAUUGUGAUACGUUUGUUCACAUUUGGGAAUACCAACGAUAUCACGGUUACCAUGACUCCCUUCACAGUAUCGCAUCGCAUCCUGGCUUCCAAGAAUUCGACAAGAAACUCAAGUCUCUCAUUACAAAGAAGAACGUUUCUCUCAUGCAAGAAUUCUCCUUCUGGCCUACUACUGCACCCCGUGAACUUGGUGGUCUCUUUGAAUUACGCUCGUACACGCUGCACCCCGGAAACCUCUUAGAAUGGGAGACUCAUUGGCGCCGCGGUCUAAAGGCUCGCAGAGAAGUCAUGGAAGGCGUCGGAGCAUGGUUUGUACAAAUUGGAGAACUGAAUACCGUGCAUCAUUUGUGGCAAUUUGCGGAUUUAGAGGAAAGAAAAAAGAGAAGAGAGCAAAGCUGGGAGAUCGAGGGCUGGGGAGAUACAGUUCACAAGACUGUGCCAUUGAUUCAAAAUAUGAAGAGUCGAGUGUUGAUUCCAAUGCCAUGGAGUCCAGUUGCUUGAUCUGAUAUCUGCAUGGAUAGGACACCGGAAUCAGCGGGAGGAUUGAAGUUAUGCAUUAAACGUGAGCGUUGCGGAUACCAGUACAAAUUUAAUCAAUGAAGUGCGAUAUUGAAGCGAUGACAGUUGAAUGGACCAUACCCAGCUCUGAACUUGAGGGACAAGAUCAGCACGCUGCUACAUGUAUUAAGAAAUUGAUAACAACCAAGGGAAGCUUGUAAGGAAUUCAAAUGCAAAUGUUUCAACGCUGUAGAUCGGUGAUAUUGUGAGAUUGA